AUGCCAGCUUUAAAUCACACUGCCUCUGACUGCCCCACCUUCUCCUUCAUUAGAAUCCCAGGAUUGGAGGCUGCGUAUAUAUGGAUCUCAAUUCCCAUCUGCCUUCUCUACCUGAUGGCCAUUGUAGGCAAUUCUCUUCUCCUCAUCCUAGUUAGAUCAGAUCACAAUCUUCAUGAACCUCAGUUUUAUUUCUUGGCCAUGCUUGCUCUCACUGACCUGGGUCUUUCCUUGACUACAAUGCCUAGUGUCGUGGCUAUCUUCUGGUUUGAUGUGCGCCUCAUUGGUCUGGAUGCUUGUCUGACUCAAAUGUUCUUCAUCCAUACCCUGUCGUCGGUAGAAUCAGGUAUCCUGGUGGCCAUGGCAUUUGACCGUUUGGUGGCCAUCUGUGCUCCGCUAAACUACACUCGGAUCCUGACACGCUCUUCUGUUGCCUGCCUUAGUGUGGCUGCUCUCAUCCGAGGUGUUUCUCUGCUGAUCCCUUUGCCUCUUUUUCUCAAGAAUUUCCCUUUUUGUGGAGCCAACAUCCUUUCACACUCUUAUUGCUACUAUCCAGAUAUGUUGAACUUGGCCUGUGGGGACGUCACAUUCAGCAGUGUCUACGGAUUGGUUUUUGUGCUCUGCACAUUUGCAGUGGAUGCUGUCUUCAUCCUGGUGUCCUACAUGAAGAUAUUGGGCACUAUCAUGAAGCUGGGGACCCAGGAGAGAAACUGGAAAUCACUGCAGACCUGUGCCUGUCAUCUGUGCACAGUGUUUGUGUUUUACCUGCCACUCAUCAGUCUGGCAGUACUGCAUCGCUUUGCUCAGGACACUUCACCGAUUCUAUAUACCACUAUGAGCAACACCUACCUCCUCAUGACACCUGUGCUGAACCCUCUGGUUUAUAGUCUUAAAUCUCGACAGAUCCAGGCUGCCCUACGUAAGCAAUUUUGGGCACAAAGAGUCAUUGCCGGAGAAUGA